GUUUCACUCAGUUCGUUGACGUCACUUCUGCGCAGCCUCUUUAACCCCAGUGUUUCCGUCUUCUCUUCUCCUGAAUCCACAGAAGCUACCUUUCUUUAUCUAGCUGAGAAAACGUUAGAGUAGCAUAAUGAGCACCGAAAAAUACCCCAGGACGUCUAUUGAAGACGACUUUAACUAUGGCACGAAUGUCGCAACAGCCAGUGUCCAGAUACGGAUGGACUUCCUGAGGAAGGUGUACACCCUGCUGAGCAUGCAGAUUAUUCUGACCACAGCCACCUCUGCCCUCUUCAUGUUCUCUCAAACCAUCAAGGACUUUGUCCACACCAGUCCUGCUGUGGUUCUGGUUUCGGCUCUAGGCUCUCUGGUUAUACUGGUGGCCCUGGCCGUGUACAGACACAAACAUCCUGUGAACCUCUACCUGCUGGCUGUGUUUACUCUGCUGGAAGCCAUUUCUGUGGCCACAGCUGUGACUUUCUACGAAUACUCUAUUGUACUGCAAGCCUUGUUCCUGACAUGUGCCGUGUUUGCUGGACUGACAGUUUACACCUUCCAGUCCAAGAGAGACUUUAGCAAAAUGGGCGCAGGACUGUUUGCCUGCCUGUGGAUUCUUAUCAUUGCAAGCUUCAUGAGGUUCUUCUUCAACAGCGACAGCGUUGAGCUGAUCAUGGCUGGAGCCGGCGCUCUGGUCUUCUGCGGCUUCAUCAUCUACGACACCCACCUGCUGAUGAAGCAGCUCUCCCCCGAGGAGCACAUCCUGGCCUCCAUCAACCUCUACCUGGACAUCGUCAACCUCUUCCUGCACAUCCUUCGUCUCCUGGAUUCCAUGAAGAAACACUGAAAAGUGCACUUUACCCAGCUCACUGGAAACCCACAGAUAUGCCUGUUAUGUGAUUGUGUUUAUGUAACUUGUUUAAGUUGACCAAAUAUUAGAUUUUAAAGAGGGAACCUGUCUGUGCUUGGUGAAUUAUUUGAAGGCGUCUGCAUUACAUUCCUCUGUUAGUCUUAUUAUAGCUAAUCCGGCUUUUCAUAUUCAGUUAAGUAGAUCUAUAUCGGUGAAGUUUUGUUACGUCUGCAACCAAAAAUAUACACAUAAUAUCAGAAGGGUGCUUACAGUAAAUGUGCAUUACCUGAUUUGAUAUAAAGCCCACUAGCACCCCCGCCUGGCCUAUUUGCAGCUCACUUUGAGUUUUUAACACUAUUCACUUCAGCAAGCGUUACUCAAACGGGGAAAUAUUACAUUAGUUAGGGAUUAUUUUCACAGCUGGAUUAAUACACAGUUUAAGCAUAAUGCACCUAUAUUGCACAUAGAAAGCCAGCAUUAGAGUUAUCUUUUUCAUGGGUUUGUUGACAAUAGGAUUAAUAUAUAUCACCUGGCUUUUCUGUUAAAAUAUUGAGAUAUAUACUAUAAACUAUACAUGAGUGUGAUACAUACACCUUGACCUGGACAGGUUUUGUGCUGUAAGAGUGAAUCACAGAUGAUAGAAACAUAUUUUGCCAUAAAGGGGCAUUAGUGGACGCUGUAACAAAUUUAGAGUGCAUUUAUUUUCAGUAAGUUUUGCAGAGGGGUUUCAUGUCUAUCAUUACAUAUUUUCUCAAACUGAAUUUAAACUACGUGUUAAUGUUGUUACAUAUUCAGCAUGAAGAUGACACAUUGUAUAUUCAGUUUACUACAGUGCAUUCCUGGGUUUAUUAAUUUAUCUCUGACUGUACAUAUUUUAAUAUUGUAAAUGUAACAGUGUACAGUUUAGUACUGUAUUUAGUUAAGAGGCAAAUUUGAAGGAUUUAGAGAAAUACUACACAAUUCUGUACCUCCAUGUAAUCAGAAGAAUUGGGCAAUAGAUAAAUAUUAUGAAGAUAUAAAACUGUAAUUUAUGGAAGAUGUUUCAAACUACAGUUGUGCAUGUCUUGAAUGGGAUGUAAUCGACACUUGGUUUUGUACUGGACUAACAGCAGAUUUAUGUCUUAAUGUUGAUAGUGUUUUAAAAUGAAUAACUGCUUUCUUUUUUGCCCUGCUACAAACUCUGCUGUUUAACAUUCUGUAUGGAGCUGUCACAGUGAUGUGAAAAUAAAAAGUGCCGUAUUUUCCAAAUGGGAAAAAGUAUGGGGGAAAAGUA